GAUCACCGAGUGUGGGGACUGUGGACCAGCAGCUCUACUUCCACUUUUACGCUUCCACUUUUUCGUAUAAAAAGAGCCGUACGACUCAAUCAAGUCAGUCUCAGUACACCUGUGAUCCAAUUACAUUUACCAUGGCUUCAUCUCGUCUGGUCAUCGUUUGCUUGGCCCUGGUGGUCGUUGCUGUUUCUGCACAGUUCGACUCCAACGGUUACGGCUACGGAGGACAGGAGGCUGCUGGACAUGGUGGUGGUGACCAUCACUACCCUGAAUACUACCACCAUCCCAAGUACGUCUACAAUUACGGCGUCCACGAUGACCACACGCACGACAUCAAGAAGCACACAGAGAAGCGCGACGGCGACCACACCGAGGGCGAAUACUCGUUCAAGGAGGCUGACGGAACUACCCGUACCGUCAAGUACUACGUCAAGGGCAAGAGCGGCUUCAUCGCCACUGUGCACCACUCGGGACACGCCACUCACCCCCAGACCCACCACCACUCUGGACACCAAGACAAUGGUUAUACUGGAGGCUACGGUGCUGGUGCCUACUAAAUUCUCGUUGAUCACUUGUUGUUAGCACCCCUUUGAGACUGUUAGAGCUUAAACCUUUUUACCUCAAUAAAUGACCACUUUUCACUAAACAAAA